AUGGCAAAUAAUCCAACACCAAGUACAGAACAAGUUCAUUUCUUGUUAAUAAUUAUUGGUAUAGUCUUACCACCUUUAGCAAUCUUUUUAGUUAAAGGUAAUUCAAUUUGGAAUAAAGAAUUUUGGGUUUCAUUAUUAUUAACAACCUUUGGACAUAUACCAGGAGCUAUAUUUGCUCUUUAUUAUAUGAUAUGUAUUGAGUUUGUCAAAAGAAGAGGUGAUGAUGAAGGUGGGUAUCAUAGAUUACCUGAUGAUGAAGAAUCUCAACUUAGAGCAGAAGCAACUGCAACAGAUCAAGACGGACCAACAGCAACAAAUGCUAAAUUACCUGUUCCUGGAGGAGUACCACCACCAGCAGCUGAAGGUUCAUCGUCAAAUACAGAAGCUGGAGGAGAUCUUCCGGCUUAUGAGGAUAUAGUUGGUUUGUCACAACCACCACUUUCUGAUACAAAGGCUAAUGGAGAUAAUAAAGUUCAACAUUAG